AUGAGAAUACUCGCAGGGGGAGGGAGGGAAGAGGGGGGAGUGAUCCCAGAGUACAGAGUAUUGGAUUUGGGAGGGGUACAUACCCACAUAUCAACAUUUGUUUUUUUUAGAGGGGGAGGGUGGGCAUUGUACGCACGCGUCGUGCCCCUGGGUGGCCCCGAGAAAAGCGUGAUGCGCGGGAGGGGUGAGCUCCCCAAGGCGGGGUCCAUUCUUAUCAUGGACAACUUGCACGCGCAGACCACGGACGAGUUCAAGGAGUAUCUUGCGAAGCACUGCAACACUCUCGCCUGGUAUGGCCCUUCGGAGUGCACGGACGAGGUGCAGCCAGUUGAUGCAGGAGCCGGACGAUUUCUCAAGGUGGAAGUCGGGAGGCAGAUGGACAUAUGGCUCAAGCAGUCGGACAACUUCGAGAGGUGGGAAACCGCGUCGCUGACAGCUUCUGAUCGGCGCGUCCUGAUCACUCAGUGGAUGGGAGCGGCCAUGGCAAGACUCAACAGCCAACAGGCGUACCGAUACCGUCUUUUCGAAAAGUGCGGGAUGGCCAUGACCGUGGAUGGCUCGGGCGAUGAUCGAACCACCUUGGAGGGUUUGGACAAGCCGUAUACAUUCGCUAACGAUGAAGACAGUAGCUACGACGAACAAGGUUCGGAGAACGGCAACGAUGAGCCUGAGGGGCGGGCGGAGGAGGGCGAUGGAGGACGUGAGACGCUCAUGGAGGGCGUUGACUCCAGCGAUGAAGACGACGGCGACAUCUCUCAACCCCAGACCGACGAGCUGGCUCUUCUGGACGACGGCGACAGCAUGGACCCACAAGACCCGGAGGAUGAGAUACAGGGAAUGGAGAUCCCGGCAGGCUUUCGUAUUCAAGAAGCUAAUCCCGUUGCUCUUGACAGAUUGCUUUUGCGGCGUGGGGUGCUCGUUAGGCUGGGCAUGGGGUGGUUUGGAGGACUGAUCACUCAACAAUCUCAGAAGGACACUCGCCACCUGUACGACUACUGUGUGCAGCUGGAGCUAGACCAGAGUACGCGCAAGAUGAAGUUUCCCUUAGACAAGUACAGCGGAGAUUCGGAUGCGGCUAUAGGCUCCUGUUUUUUUUUUUUCUGAAUAUCACACAACAAAUCCAUCUCUAUCUAUAGAAAUUUGUCCAAGAUAGAUAAGCAAUGAAUCCAUAGCGUGAGCGAAAGCUACCUGAAUGUCUACGGCUUCCCAGACAGCAUACAGCGAUAUCUCCCCUGUGAGUAUCAGGCUCAACAAGGCAGUUUGGUAGCCAUCUUGUGUAUCUGCACGCUAUGUUGGGAAGUUGUAGACGGAAGAUUUAGGGGAACUCGGUUCGUCGGGUGUUCUAAUAUGACACCCUUAUGUGGCUGCGGAGCAAGCGCGUCUCGGGGUGUGUAUAUUUUCGUCAUCAACAUAUUUUUUGUGUGUGAUGUAUGGGAGCAUGUGCGGGACGGUGUUGUUUAAUUGCACGUCAUUAAAUGUGCGAAGGGCACGGGAGAACAUUAUCGCAUCAUUGCCUCCUGACGUGGCCGCCAAUAGACUCGAGAGGCGUGUGGUUGAGGUUUCAUCACCGACAUGUGGAUGUGUGUUAAAUGCAGUGGGUAUGGUCACCUCUCUCGCCCGUGUGUCUGCAGAAAGUAUGGCUACUUUUCCCAUUGUAGACAGCGCGGACCAUAAGUAACGACAGAGUGUAUCAUUUCAUGCAUCUACAUCAGUUGUAUGUUGUUGUUGUUGUUGUUUCUCACAUUAGCUCUAAAAAAGAAAGAUUGGGAGCCCGUGGUCUCAAAACCCGGCAUACACGACCCCACGAAGAAACAGAAAAAAAUAGGGUACAAAAACCACUCGGAAGAGAAACAAAAUGAUAGAAGAAAGACCAGCUACCGCACCAAACGAGAAAGAGCGUCAAGGAGACCGAUCAAAAUAAAAUAUAAGGAGAACGGGGAACGCUUCCCACACCCGCCUACAGCGCCGGAGGGUUCCGUGCCGGUUUCCCGCCGACCAGGCAUCCCUCGCCCUGCACCACACCCCAGGGGGUGCAGCAAGACGGGGGGCGAAAAACAAACACAUAUAUAUUCCCACAAAAAAANCGUUUCAUUUUCAGUGUUCCCCCUUGCGGUUUCGCUUGAGAGCAUUAGUAGAUCAGGAAGGGUACGCAGGACCAACGUCACCCUUGUGGACCAAGAAGGUUGACAGUUGCUGCUCCAUGCCUUGGUAUUUUCUUGUACUAGUGUUGCUCAUGGUUGACGGCCGACAAUGUAGCAAACGAUGUCAAAAUACUGCAAGAACAAGAACGCCCCUUCUGGACAAGAAUGGACGACGAAAUAAGAACUUGGCAAAUAAGAACUGGUGCUCGGGUUGGGGCAGCCAAGAAAAACUGAGCCUCGCCCAAUAUAGGAGGUUCUUAAGUGCGGGCCGGCACUGUACUACAGUUGGCGCCCGCAGUUAAGAAACGCUUAUUUCAGGUCCAGCCUCGAGUUCUUAUUGUGGGCUAUAAACUCAAGCGUAUGUCGCUCAGUUUCUUAUUUCAAGUUUCUUAUUUUUUCGUGCAGCCAAAUCCUGCUGAAUUUCUUAAACCGGCAAUUUCUUAUUUCUCUGCUUGCAUACUACACAACGUUCCAAAUAUACAAAUGAUGUGUUCUGCUUUCCUCGACCCCGUACUCAACCCCGAUUCUCACCACCGACGGCUGCACGUAAGGCCACUCCCUAGAAGCGAAAUGUAUCCAGCGGCAACGUCUCGCUAUCGCUACAAGGUCCUGUACCCCCCUCAUGAGUGACGGCUGAAACUAAACAAAUGCAUCAACACCGCAUAAUGCCUCACCCGCACGCUGAAGUACCAACAACGACAACUACCCCGUCAUUAUGUUGCAAGCUCCGUGAGGUGAACAUUGGGGGUUGUCACCCUUUUGCGCCUCCCGCUCCCUUCCUUUCUUAUUGAGACAUUUCUUAUUGUGUGACCCAGAUUGAGCUAUGUUUCUUAACUGUGGAGAACACCUUCAUAAAAGGUUGAAACUCCCCACCGGCUGUCGAGUACAAAACCCUCUUUUCCACAAUGGCGUCGACAAGAGAUGCCAGGUGUGUGCUUUUGGUUGCAAAAGACACGGGUUCAUAAACCGCUGCUCACCUAAUUUUCUUCCGGAGUACGGAAAAAGAAAAACGGUGGGUGGGCCAAGAAACAAUGCACUGUCUAUCGAACUUGAAACUUCUGGCAAUGCGUGGCGGAAGUGGCGCACCCGCAACACGCACAGAAAGAAGAUUGUUGGAAAAAAAGGUGGUUCUACUCGCCGCCAGCCGGUCGGGUCCCGGUUACCCCGAGAAGACUUCUCUUGCCUAGCAAACAAGAAGAAGCCUCG